UCGCUCUAAUGAAAUCGCUGGGAAAUUACGUGCGGAUACCGGACGGAAUUAGCGCUUAUUGUAUAUAUUCGCCGUGCAAUAUCGUUAGCUCGUGUGCUGCUGCUGCACACACGACGCAGAAAAAAUAGAAAUUUUUCAUGAUUUUCGAGCAAAAGCAGUCGAUAUAUACGCGCGUGUGCUGAAGUGGAAGAAAAUAAGAAAUUCCAGCUAGAAAAUAUUUUGUUGAAACGAAGCAACGAAAAUUGUGCAAAGAAGCCGAAAAUAAAGCAGCAAAUUGGCAAUAAAAUAUAGUGUGCGCGUUUAAGAGUUUGUGUGGCAAAUCACUGAAAUCGAAUUUAGCUCUAAAAAAAAUCAAUGUGCAAACACUUGCAAACAUAGUGAGUGCGCUGGUGGAAAAUUGGAAAAAUUCUGUGUUGUGAUUUUGGGAAAAAAUUUGUUAGCGAAUUCGGUAGCACAAAUCGUGGCUGUGAGGCUGUGCAAGCGGCAAGCAGCAGGCACGUCAGCGUUUACUGCCGGCAGCAGAACUCGCCAAAGGAUUUAAGAAAAUACUCACGCUCGCACCCACACGCACACAAACGAGCGUGUGUGUGUAUGCAAACGAACGCGAAACUUUGUGAUUUAUCCCACCUACGCGCUGAGAUUUGCAGAUUUGUUUAUUUGUUUAUCAAAUCGUCCAAUGGGAGUGUUUAAGGCUCUCCGCUAAAAAGUGCGUUUUCUGCGCGCUGAAUGGCAAAUGAAUAAUUAUUCAGAGCAAUGUAUCGAAUUUGAAACGAAGUUAAAAAUAAAAAAAAUUAAACUCGAUAUACCGUAAUACCAGUGAGUGAUUUCUAAACUACCACGCUAUUGGUCAGCACACAAUCAACGAAGAAAAGCAAAAAUUUUUUUCAAAUUUUCAAGUGCUAAAAAUCUCUGAAAUACAGUGUUCAAAUCAAAUGUUGUUAUAACAAAUAAAAUUAUAAGUUGAAGAAAAAACAGUGAAAAAGCAACAACGCAACAACGAAAUUAAGAAAAUAAAAUUCCACAAUGUGCAACCAAAAAAAAUGUUAAAAGUCUGCGUUAUUGCGCAAGCAAAAAAUUUAACAACAAAACUUUACACCAAAAACUACAAAUCAAAUCAAACAAAUUAAGCCAUACCACACACCACAUAUACACUGACCACCCACCAACUUGCAGCGCGUACACCGUUGAACGGAAGCAACGGUUCCUUCUACUGUUUCUACUUCUUCGUCCCGCUGUUUAUAUAAAAAGCCAUCAAAAUUAAGUUCUCAAAGCAAAAUCAUCACGCAUACCGUCACACCGAGAACAUCUACGACGGUGGCACCGACACUGACGACGACGAAUGCCCGUUGGAGUCCACCACGAUGAAUCCGUAUGAAUAUGAAACGACACUGGACUGUCGCGAUGUGGAUACACGCGCCGGCGGUGGUGGCGGCGGCGGCCUCGGUGGCGGUGGUCUAAACGGUGGUACAGCUGUUGGUGGCAUGAUGAGUUUGCGUCACAAUCCAACGUCGACACAUUCACAUCAAAAUACGUUGCAACAUCAGAAUCAACAGAAUUUACAAUUGCAACAACAACAGCAACAACAUCUGCAACAACAGCAAUCACCAUACGAUUAUGAGUAUCAGCAUUUGCCACAUCGUGCUGGUGAAUUGGCUGCAGCAGCGGCAGCGAACAACAGCGUUGCAGUGUCAACGGCACAGCGCAACACACACGGCAGACCAGGCUAUCUCCUUGAAGGAGUUACGCCAUCGGCACCACCGGAUGUCCCACCAAGGAAUCCAACAAUGAGUCGCAUGAAUAAUGGCCGUUUAGUCCCUGGUAACCCAAAUGAUUUGGGCGUUGAUUUCGAGCCAUCGUGUUUGGUGCGAACACCAUCGGGCAACGUCUACAUUCCGAGUGGAAAUUUAAAUAUCAACAAAGGUUCACCCAUCGAUUAUAAAAGCGGCUCGGCCUGCUCAACACCUACAAAAGACACACUCAAAGGUUACGAGCGCAGCACGAAUAAUUGCAUGGGACCCGUGCUUCCACCGCGCAGCGUUAUGAGCGGCCUGCCUGCGCACCACUAUUCGACACCGAUGAAUUUCCGCAAGGGUUUGGCGGCGCGCUGGCACCGCUGGCGGUGUGCGCUCAAUAUAUGUUUGGCGGUAUUUGCGUUACUCGGCUUGAUUUCAAUAGUUCUAUAUGUAUCCGGUGUAUUACACUUAUCCAUGGACGAACCACGCACAAUUCUAGUCGGCAAUGAGGCAUCCGAAGUGACGGCCGCCAAAAGUACUAACACAGAUCUAACGAAAUUCGGACAACCCACCACGGUCACAGCAUCAACGGCAACCUCAUCACUCUCCUCGAUAUCGGCAUCACAAGCGGCAGCGGCGCAGGCGGCCAGCGGUAGCGCUGACUUGAUGGCUGGCGGCGGUGGCACCUUGCCAUCAUCGACCGCCUACCAAUCACCAGCAUCUGCGUCGUCGGCGGUGGCUGCUAUAGGUAUGACCGGAGCCGUUGCCUCCUCACCCUCAUCAUCAUCGCUGGCAAAUGCCAAUAAUGGAGACAUUAGAAACGUAGCGCUACCUCUGCCAGAUACACGCGCCGUCUGGUCUUACUAUCCGCGCGGCUACGCAUACACGGCACAACAAAACCGGCAGCAACAAACAAAGGAUAGUUCAGCAACAGAGACACGACGCCUGUCAUACGGCACACAACGGUAUGAGCAACGACAACAACAACAACAAAGCGGUAGUGAUGGUGUGGCGGUAGUGGCGGUAGUGGCGUCGAGCGCUGAUAAGUUGCAGCGGCAGCACUACUACCGACAAAAUACAUAUCAACAGCCAAAACAAAGGCAACAACAGCCGCGCGUAAAAGUCCAAACGCCAGUCAAUGCCAUGCGGCAACAGCAUGGCGCGCGGAAGAAACGUUAUCGUCGAAGUUUAAUGACAGACGAAACUUUUGAAAGCAUCGACUUAAUUACGCGAACGCAUACGAGGGAUGAUGAUGAUGAAAUGGAAGCGCACGAGCGCGAUAUAAACAACACGAAUAAUAGCAAGCAUAAAUUGAAGAAUGGCAAUAGCGACAGCGUUGAUAAGGCAAAGGACAGCAGCGAUAGCGACGCCGACGACAGUGAACUGUUAACUGUUGGCAACCGCGCGAACGUUGACAGCUUUGUAGUUACACAAAAGACAAUAACAAAGGGUGUGGAGCUGCAGUUGACUAACAAAGAGGUGAUUGAGUUGGUGGCGCAAACAGCAGGUGUGCCAAAUAUAGUAGAUACAAAUGUGGUGAGAAAAUCGAGUGAGUUAACGGCAAGUAAUACAGCAACGGUUGCUGAACGCGCGCGCAAUAGCAAACGAUUGCAAACCAAAACAAGCAAUCAAGCAAAACAGUCAACGGCGGCUAAAACGCGCUGCCUCACGCCAGUAGCAGCAAGCGCGCCACAUAAAUGUCAAACGCUGACGCUAACUAACACACAAACUGCAAGUAAUUACGCUGACGGCGCGCUAAGCAAAAAAGCGCACGAAGCGCCAAAGCAGUAUAUAAAUAUUUCAGCGGCGCAGACCGAUUAUGACAAGCAUAAUAGUAAUAAUACAUCUAACAGUAAACGCACACCAAAGCGCGACAAUAUAACCAACGCGCAAACUUCUCAAAUCAAUAAGCUAUUAAAUCUCAAUCAAAACUCUAAUGAUGACAAAGAAAUUGCUGCCGCUGACAGGACUGGUGUUGAAGACGCGACCGCGCAAACGUCUGGCAGUGUAAGUGUUGUUGCCAAGACCGCCGUUGCUGAUGGUGUGUCUGUUGAGCAAGAGCAUGAUGCGACAUUGACGACAAUUGCCAAAGUUUUGUCAAAGGCUUUUAGGGAUAAAAAUAAUGAAGUAGCAAAUUUGACAGGCGGUGACGCGCCAAACGCCGCGUGCGGAAAUGAUGCUGACAAAGCGCACGCGGCAAAAGCAACAAAAUGUGCUGGUGAGACAACAAAGUUGCUUGAAGAAUAUACAAUUGAAGACGAAGAGUACAGAAUUGAAGACGCGCCCACUACACCAACAGCAACAGCCGCAGCGGCGCACACAGCUAUUGACCUUACGGCCAGCGACAUUCGUGAUAUAUUUGAUGGUGAUAUUGAUUAUGUUGAAGGUGACACGCAACAUGAAGUAAGCGGCUCGCAUGCAGAGUUUCUUAACAAAGUCAAAGGAAGAGCAGAAUUUAUUUUUAGAGCAGCGACUGAAAUUAAUGAGAUAUCGAUUACAACAGACGCGACGUCAAGCGCUUAUGUAAUAAGUAUGCGCGCUGAGCCCAACGAAGGAAUGGCUGAAGAAGGCGCUGCCUAUAAGCGUGUAAAAAGCAAUUUGCGUGUACGUAAAGCGAACGAGCCGAGAUAUAUGAAAACGCUUAGAAAGCACUUUGGACGCCCAAUUCACGCACCUGUCCAACUAGCGCCGGCGGCAGUACAGUACCUCAAUGUGGUUAUUGAUGAUGAUAGUCAAAUUGACAGGCCACCAGUAGCAGAGCGUGAAAUGCAGGAAAAAGUGCGCGGCAAUAACGCCGACAUAGGCGCUGUGCAAAUUGACAAAAACAACGCCAUAAGUAAUGACAAUAAAAUAGACGUUAAUGCGACUAAAAAAUUGGCAGAUAAUGUGAGUCAGUAUAUACGCUAUGCGAGCGCGUAUGAAACUACUGCGCCACAACACGAAUUUGAUGAGGCAAAUAAUACUCAAAUCAAUCGUCAUAAUGGCGCAAGCGACAACGCGUUGAACGACGAUAGUGAAAGCGAUACCGACGUAGCUGCAACUGAUGAUAACAAUAAUGAGCGUGAUUUGGUUGACAGCUAUGAUGAUGUCGAGCAUGAUGCGCGGACGCAAGCCACACCACUGGCCGCAGACACGUCAAGUGUCAUAAAAAUUGAUAAAUCCGAAUUGAAUGAGCAAAAAGCGGGGCAGCGCGCAGCAUAUGAUGAUGUAGAUGUAGAUACACGCACGGGAGCAAGCGACGAAGCCGACGGACUGUGGGAGUUGGGGCGCGCGGCGACUGAAAGUGAACUGAAAAUUAAGCUAAACGAAAGUCAAAUGCAAAAUGAACGGGCAGCAAUGAUUGAAAAACACAUAGCGUUAGUUGGCGUGGCUGCUGAAACAGCAACAACAAAAACAAAAGUAAUGAUAACAGCUGAUGAACGACAAACGAUGGAGAUAAAUGAGCGCGCGUCAGUGGCAAGGCAAGAAACUGUUGCAAGCGAGCAGCAACGGACAGUAGACGCAAGGAGUACGGUAGUUUCGGAUUAUGAAAGUAAAAACCUUGGAGCAGUAGACGAUUUGCUGCCAUUAGAAACUGUGGAAAAUGUUGAAGAUGUUAGCUUGUCAGCGGCAGAAGCAGCAGACGUUGUAACGGUGAGGACAAAGUCAGUAACAGAGCGCACACAAAUGAGCGUUCGACAAGCUGCUGAAGCAGACGCAGCACAAACAACCGAAAAACUGUACUACAAUUACGUAACGGAGCGCGCAACUGACGAAGUUGAAGCUCAGGCGCAUACAACAACAAUGCAACCAACACAUAUAAGUGGUAAACGAAAAAGUGCGUCAACAGCUGCUGAUGAUGAAAGCAAUGCGGAAGACGAACUGAUGCUAAAUGACGGUUUAAUGUCGCAUCACAACAACAAACACAACGAAAACCACAACGUGCCCGAGAACAUAAUGCAGCGCAAACGUAAUUUCCAUACAAACGCCAAAGCCUACGCCGAAACUAACGACUACCAGCAUUUCAUUGCCGAACCCAAUGCGGACGACAUUGAUAUUAUCAAAUUGGAGGACACACACUCGAGCGAGGAUGAAAUCUAUAAAACCAUAGCCGGUGCGCCUGCAAAGCCACAGCACACAUAUGGCAAGCGUAAGGAAAUUGUCACCAGUCGGCCAGCUAAAUACCCGGCGCAUGCAGAAAACGAAGUACUCAAAGCAGGCGUAGCAAACAACGCGGUCAACAACUACGCUGACAAAUUGCCACACUUUCCGCUCAAAGCGCCCAUCGUGAGCGAAACAUACGAUGCGCCGAGUAAGCACAUACUCGUCAAUGUAACGAUCGCCACCGAAGGUGAUAGCAACUCUGUGUAUACGCUACAUGUGGCCGUGCCGAUCGGCGGUCAAACGCACGAUGUGCAAGAGGUGCUAACACAUGAGCGCCUGAAGGCGCCAGCGCACGAUGAAGAUGCGCCGCCACCCGUGUAUGCACACGACACCGAGCAAGCGCCAAUCAGUCCUUAUUGCAUACCCGAACCACCGCCACCCAUACCGGAAUGCCCUUGCAAGUGCGCGGACUUCUUAACAGCAGCCGAAGUGGUUGAAGCCGUUGACGACGAGCCACACUUUGUGCCAUUAGCGGAUAUUGUUGAUAACGCCGGCGCUCCCAACGCUACCGCAACGACCACAGCGCCAUAUACUACCGACAAUUUCAUUCAUUCACCAUACACACCACCAAUUGCUGCAAGCACAGCAACUAUGUUGACUAAUACCACUGCAGAUUCUUUCAUUUCAACAACUACCACUGCUACAUUUACUAAUUUGCUUGGUGUUGAUGCAGCGCAAGCUGUCACUGUUGAUGAUCAUGUUGUUGUUGGUGAUGGCAGCAAAAUUGCAUGUCCUGAUGUUAUGCCUAUUCUGAUACUUGAAGGUGCGCGUACUUUCCCAGCACGCAGUUUCCCACCAGAUGGCACGACCUUUGGACAAAUCACCUUAGGACAGAAACUAACCAAGGAGAUACAACCGUACAGCUAUUGGAAUAUGCAAUUCUAUCAAUCGGAACCGGCUUAUGUGAAGUUCGAUUACACCAUACCGCGCGGCGCCUCGAUAGGUGUCUAUGGGCGUCGCAACGCGUUGCCAACACACACACAGUAUCACUUUAAGGAGGUGUUGAGCGGCUUUAGCGCCAGCACCAGGACAGCGCGUGCAGCACACUUAUCGAUAACGCGCGAGGUAACACGUUACAUGGAGCCCGGUCACUGGUUCGUCUCGCUCUACAACGACGAUGGUGACGCGCAAGAGGUCACCUUCUAUGCCGCCAUUGCCGAGGAUAUGACACAGAAUUGCCCGAACGGUUGCUCCGGCAAUGGCCAAUGCCUGCUCGGGCAUUGUCAAUGCAAUCCCGGCUUUGGUGGCGACGACUGCAGCGAGAGCGUCUGCCCAGUGCUGUGCUCGCAACAUGGCGAAUAUAUUAACGGCGAAUGUAUUUGUAAUCCCGGUUGGAAGGGUAAAGAGUGCUCGUUGCGCCACGAUGAGUGCGAAGUGGCCGAUUGCAAUGGACACGGUCACUGCGUAAGCGGCAAGUGCCAGUGCAUGCGCGGCUAUAAAGGCAAAUUCUGUGAGGAAGUUGACUGUCCGCAUCCGAACUGCUCGGGUCAUGGCUUCUGCGCUGACGGCACUUGCAUCUGCAAGAAGGGCUGGAAGGGCACCGACUGCGCCACCGUCGACAAGGACGCCUUACAAUGCCUGCCAGAUUGCUCGAAUCACGGCAAUUUCGAUGUGGACACGCAGACCUGCACGUGCGAGCCGAAGUGGAGCGGCGAUGAUUGCUCGAAGGAGCUGUGCGAUUUGGAUUGUGGACAGCAUGGACGCUGUGUCGGCGAUGCCUGCACUUGCGAUGCGGAAUGGGGUGGUGAAUACUGCAACACCAAGCUCUGCGAUACGCGCUGCAAUGAGCAUGGGCAGUGCAAGAAUGGCACCUGCCUAUGCGUGACCGGUUGGAAUGGCAAGCACUGCACUAUCGAAGGCUGUCCGAAUGGCUGUUCGGCGCAUGGACAGUGUCGCGUAAGCGGCGAGGGUCAGUGGGAAUGUCGUUGCUACGAGGGCUGGGAUGGUCCCGACUGCGGCAUAGCGCUCGAAUUGAAUUGUGGCGACAGCAAGGACAACGACAAGGAUGGUCUCGUUGACUGUGAGGAUCCCGAGUGCUGUGCCAGUCAUGUGUGCAAGACAUCGCAGCUGUGCGUAUCCGCGCCCAAGCCGAUUGAUGUCUUGUUGCGCAAGCAACCGCCGGCCAUUACCGCAUCCUUCUUCGAGCGCAUGAAAUUCUUGAUUGACGAGAGCAGCCUGCAGAACUAUGCGAAACUCGAAACGUUCAAUGAAAGCAUUUUUUGGAAUUAUUUCAAUGCAAGCCGUUCGGCCGUUAUACGCGGUCGCGUUGUCACCUCGCUCGGCAUGGGUUUGGUGGGUGUACGCGUCUCCACUACGACACUGCUCGAAGGCUUUACGCUCACACGCGACGACGGUUGGUUCGAUCUGAUGGUGAAUGGCGGCGGCGCUGUUACGCUGCAAUUCGGCCGCUCACCAUUCCGACCACAGUCACGCAUCGUACAAAUACCCUGGAACGAGGUGAUCAUCAUCGAUGUGGUGGUUAUGUCCAUGUCGGAGGAGAAGAAUUUGAUACCCAUACCGCAUACGUGUUUCUCGCACGACUACGAUCUUAUGAAGCCGGUUGUGUUGGCCUCGUGGAAGCAUGGUUUCCAAGGCGCUUGUCCCGAUCGUUCAGCCAUUUUGGCCGAGUCGCAGGUUAUACAGGAAUCACUACAAAUACCCGGCACUGGCUUGAAUUUGGUAUACCAUUCUUCACGCGCCGCCGGCUAUCUAUCGACCAUAAAGCUGCAGCUAACACCCGAAACUAUACCAGAUACACUGCACCUGAUACAUCUGCGCAUAACCAUCGAGGGUAUACUGUUCGAGCGUGUUUUCGAAGCAGAUCCGGGCAUUAAAUUCACCUACGCCUGGAACCGCUUGAAUAUCUACCGUCAACGCGUCUACGGUGUGACCACAGCGAUUGUUAAGGUUGGUUAUCAGUACAGCGAUUGUAAAGACAUCAUUUGGGAUAUACAAACCACCAAGUUGUCUGGCCACGACAUGUCCAUUUCCGAGGUCGGUGGUUGGAAUCUUGAUAUACACCACCGUUACAACUUCCAUGAGGGCAUACUGCAGAAGGGCGAUGGCUCCAAUAUCUACUUGAAGAAUAAGCCGCGUGUCAUACUCACUACCAUGGGUGAUGGCCAUCAACGUCCGCUUGAAUGCAACGAUUGUGAGGGCUUAGCAUACAAGCAACGCUUGCUGGCGCCUGUUGCAUUGGCCGCUUCACCUGAUGGCAGUUUAUAUGUCGGCGACUUCAACUACAUACGUCGCAUUAUGACCGAUGGCACCAUACGCACAGUGGUCAAGUUAAAUGCCACACGCGUCUCCUACCGCUACCACAUGGCACUGAGUCCACUGGACGGCACACUUUAUAUAUCCGAUCCGGAGUCUCAUCAAAUCAUACGCGUACGCGACACUAAUGAUUACACACAACCGGAAAAGAACUGGGAACCCAUUGUCGGCUCCGGUGAGCGUUGUCUGCCCGGCGACGAGGCGCAUUGUGGUGACGGUGCUUUGGCGAAAGAUGCGAAGCUGGCCUAUCCCAAGGGCAUCGCCAUUUCCAGCGACAAUAUAUUGUACUUUGCAGAUGGCACAAAUAUCCGUAUGGUUGACCGUGAUGGCAUUGUCACAACACUAAUAGGCAAUCACAUGCAUAAGUCACACUGGAAGCCCAUACCAUGCGAGGGCACACUAAAGUUGGAAGAGAUGCAUUUGCGUUGGCCCACCGAAUUGGCUGUUAGCCCCUUGGACAAUACACUACACAUUAUCGAUGAUCAUAUGAUUUUGCGGAUGACACCCGAUGGACGUGUGCGCGUCAUUUCCGGACGUCCACUUCAUUGCGCCACCACUUCAACCGUUUAUGAUUCCGACUUGGCUACACAUGCCACACUCGUGAUGCCACAAUCCAUAUCGUUCGGUCCCAUGGGUGAGCUCUAUGUGGCAGAGAGCGACUCGCAACGCAUCAACCGUGUACGCGUCAUUGGCACAGAUGGUCGCAUAGCACCUUUUGCCGGCGCAGAGUCGAAAUGUAAUUGCUUGGAACGCGGCUGCGACUGUUUCGAGGCAGAGCACUUCCUGGCAACCAGUGCCAAGUUUAACACUAUAGCGGCGCUUUCCGUCACACCCGAUGGUCAUGUGCAUAUUGCUGACCAGGCCAAUUAUCGCAUACGUUCGGUUAUGUCCAGUAUACCCGAAGCCAGUGCGUCACGCGAAUAUGAAAUCUAUGCGCCAGAUAUGCAAGAAAUUUAUAUCUUUAACCGUUUCGGUCAGCACGUCUCUACAAAGAAUAUUCUCACUGGCGAAACAACAUAUGUCUUCACUUAUAAUGUCAAUACUUCCAAUGGCAAACUGAGUACCGUGACUGAUGCGGCAGGCAAUAAGGUCUUCCUACUCCGCGACUACACCUCUCAGGUGAACUCCAUCGAAAAUACGAAGGGUCAGAAAUGUCGCCUACGCAUGACACGCAUGAAGAUGUUGCACGAACUGAGCACACCGGACAACUACAAUGUGACAUUUGAAUACCACGGCCCAACCGGCCUGCUAAAGACCAAACUAGAUUCCACAGGCCGCUCUUAUGUCUACAACUAUGAUGAGUUUGGACGACUCACUUCGGCUGUUACGCCCACUGGUCGUGUCAUUGAUUUGGUAUUCGAUUUGAGCGUUAAAGGUGCACAAGUUAAGAUAUCCGAGAAUGCACAGAAGGAACAAUCGAUGCUAAUACAGGGCUCAACAGUCAUGGUGCGCAAUGGUGCCGCCGAAUCGAAGACAUCUGUUGAAAUGGACGGUUCAAUGACAAGUCUAACGCCUUGGGGUCACACUGUACAAAUGGAAGUGGUACCGUACGCCAUUUUGGCUGAAAUCAACCCUGUGAUUGGUGAAAGCUAUCCGGUGCCUGCCAAGCAGCGUACUGAAAUCGCUGGUGAUCUGGCUAAUCGCUUCGAGUGGCGUUACUUCGUGCGUCGCAUGCAGCAGGGUAAGCAAGGCAAAGGACCACGUCCAGUCUCACAAGUUGGACGCAAACUGCGUGUGAAUGGCGAUAAUGUGCUGACACUCGAAUAUGACCGCGAUGCGCAAUCCGUUGUUGUGCUCGUCGAUGACAAACAAGAAUUAUUGAAUGUUACUUAUGACCGUACAGCACGUCCCGUUAGUUUCCGCCCACAAUCGGGCGACUAUGCUGAUGUCGACUUGGAAUACGAUCGCUUUGGUCGUUUAGUGAGCUGGAAGUGGGGUGUGUUGCAAGAAGCUUACACCUUUGAUCGCAACGGACGCUUAAAUGAAAUCAAAUACGGCGAUGGCUCAUCCAUGGUUUAUGCCUUCAAAGACAUGUUCGGCUCGCUACCACUGAAAGUGACCACACCGCGUCGCUCUGACUACCUCUUGCAGUACGACGAUGCUGGCGCACUACAAAGUUUGACAACGCCACGCGGCCAUAUACACUCAUUCUCACUACAAACCUCGCUCGGUUUCUUCAAGUACCAAUACUUCUCACCGAUCAACCGCCAUCCUUUCGAAAUACUAUACAACGAUGAAGGGCAGAUACUCGCCAAGAUACAUCCACACCAAUCGGGUAAGGUGGCGUUUGUACAUGAUUCCGCUGGCCGUUUGGAGACAAUUCUGGCUGGGCUAUCAAGCACGCACUACACUUAUCAGGAUACGACGAGCCUCAUCAAAUCAGUUGAAGUGCAGGAACCUGGCUUUGAGUUACGCCGCGAGUUCAAGUAUCACGCUGGCAUUCUCAAAGACGAAAGGGUACGCUUCGGCUCUAAGAACUCAUUAGCUUCCGCACACUAUAAGUACUUCUAUGAUGGCAAUGCACGUCUGAGCAGCAUUGAGAUGUCCAUUGAUGACAAGGAGGUGCCCACAGCACGUUACAAGUACAGUCAAAACUUGGGACAGUUGGAAGUUGUGCAGGAUCUAAAGAUUACCCGCAAUGCUUUCAAUCGUACCGUUAUUCAAGACUCUGCUAAGCAAUUCUUCACGAUCAUCGAUUACGAUCAGCAUGGUCGCGUAAAGAGUGUGCUUAUGAAUAUCAAGAGCUUCGACGUCUUCCGCCUCGAGUUGGACUAUGAUCUGCGAAAUCGCAUCAAAUCACAGAAGACAACAUUGGGACGUUCAACAUCAUUCGACAAGAUCAAUUACAAUGCUGAUGGACAUGUGACAGAAGUGCUCGGCACAAACAAUUGGAAAUAUUUGUACGAUGAGAAUGGCAACACUGUCGGCAUUGUGGAUCAAGGUGAGAAAAUUAAUCUCAGUUAUGAUAUUGGUGAUCGCGUCAUACAAGUUGGUGAGAUCGAGUUCAACAGUUAUGAUGCGCGUGGCUUUGUGGUGCGACGUGGUGAACAGAAGUACCGUUAUAACAAUCGCGGUCAGCUAAUACAUGCCUUCGAAAGAGAUCGCUUCCAAUCCUGGUACUACUAUGAUGACCGCAGCCGUUUAAUAGCCUGGCACGAUAGCAAAGGUAAUGUAACGCAGUACUACUAUGCCAACCCGAAGACACCGAAAUUGCUGACACACGUACACUUCCCGAAAGUGGGCAAAACAUUGCGUUUCUUCUACGACGAUCGUGAUAUGCUAAUGGCAGUAGAAAACGGCGAUCAGCGUUACUAUGUGGCCACCGAUCAGAAUGGUUCUCCGCUAGCCUUCUUCGACCCGAACGGCAUCAUAAUCAAAGAUGUAAGACGUACGCCAUUCGGCCGCAUCAUCAAAGAUACCAAUCCAGACUUCUUCAUACCGAUCGACUUCCAUGGUGGACUGCUAGAUCCCAACACCAAGUUAAUCUACACCGAAGGACGCCACUAUGAUCCUACAGUUGGUCAAUGGAUGACACCCAAAUGGGAGACAUUGGCCACCGAAAUGUCCAAUCCAACUGAUGUCUUCAUCUACCGCUACCACAACAACGAUCCCGUCAAUCCCAACAAACCGCAAAAUUAUAUGAUCGACUUGGAGUCUUGGCUGCAACUCUUCGGCUACGAUUUGCGUAGCAUGCAGAGCUCGAAGUACACCAAAGACGCGCAAUAUGUGCCACAAAUUUCGAUUAAAUCAAACACACUUGCACCAGAAUUCGGUGUGAUUUCCGGCUUGGAAUGUAUCGUCGAAAAGACCAACGAGAAAUUCAGCGAUUUCGACUUCGUGCCGAAACCACUGCUGAAGAUGGAACCAAAGAUGCGCAAUCUACUGCCACGCAUUAGCUACCGACGUGGCGUCUUCGGCGAGGGUGUGCUGCUUUCACGCAUUGGCGGUCGUGCUUUAGUCAGCGUCGUAGAUGGCUCUAAUAGCGUGGUGCAGGAUGUGGUCUCAUCGGUCUUCAACAAUUCCUACUUCCUCGAUCUGCAUUUCAGCAUACACGAUCAAGAUGUAUUCUACUUUGUCAAAGACAAUGUGCUUAAGCUGCGCGACGACAACGAAGAGCUGCGCCGACUCGGCGGCAUGUUCAACAUAUCAACACAUGAAGUGACCGAUCACGGCGGCACCGCUGCAAAGGAAUUGCGACUGCACGGACCCGAUGCCGUGGUGAUAAUCAAAUAUGGUGUUGAUCCCGAACAAGAGCGACAUCGCAUACUGAAACACGCGCACAAGCGUGCCGUCGAACGCGCUUGGGAGCUCGAGAAGCAGCUGGUGGCUGCCGGCUUCCAGGGACGUGGCGACUGGACUGAAGAGGAGAAAGAGGAGUUGGUGUCGCACGGCGAUGUAGAUGGCUGGAUUGGCAUCGACAUACAUAGCAUACACAAAUAUCCACAGCUGGCCGACGAUCCAGGCAAUGUAGCAUUCCAGCGUGACGCCAAACGCAAACGAAGAAAGAUCGGCAGCGCACACCGCGCAGCGAAAUCGCGCCGACAGCAAUUAAGAGUCAUGGAUUUGAGUGCGUGAGUGGGCGAGACGAGCGAAGAAGUAUACAAAAGUAGACGUGUAGCAGCAACUGUGACAAAAGUGAAUGAGCAACGCGAAAAUGAUGGGCGUGAGAAGGAUAGGCGAAGUUAUGGUGUUGCCUAUGCUAGGCACGAAAGCUGGCUAGCAGAUGCAAACGCAAACGAACUGAACACCAUUGAGACAACACUUUAUUUAGACAACAAUAACAGCAAUAGCAGCGGUGAUGAUGGUGAUGAUGACGACGACGACGAUGACGAUGACGACGAUGAGGAUGACGAUGCGCUGCCGCUGCCGCAAAAUGUACGCAAACUCAUUGUUGCCAACGAAGCUAACCACAGCGGCAAUGAGGAGUACUACCAAGACGAAUACUAUUAUAAUAACAACUACUACGAUCAGCACUACUAUCGCAGCAAAGGCACAGAUACAGACGACUUAUAUUAAACAACCAAUACUACUACAUACAAAACAUAUAUAAAAAACAAAAACUGAAAAGCAAAUUAAAUUUAAAGAAUUUAGUGGGUAUUAAAUUAAAAUAUGUGUGAGUACGUACGACUAACUACAAUACUAUGAGUAGGUAUGUGUGAAGUAAAGAAAUCAUAAAAAACAAGAAAUUUUCAAAAUCAAUAUUUGCGUGUGAAAAUGGCAAAUUUGUAAAAAGUAAAUGAAAAAAAAAUAAAGAGUGAAGGUUUAGCAACUAAAAAGACGCCAAGCAAAUUAUUUAGUAAGAAAAUAAUAAAAAUCUUUAGCACACACAGCGCUAAGUGGCGUAGGUAGUCGGAUUUGGUGCGAAAAAGUAAAGCAAAAAAUUUCAAAAACUAGCACAAAAAUUAGAAAAGCAUGUGAAAGCAAAAUUACAAGCAUGAUUGUAAGCAAAUUGGAAAUCAGCAAGCAGCAGUGAAAAAGUAAGGUUAGGAAGCGUAGCGCUAAAAUAUUUAAUUUUGAGGUUAUAUACGUGCUGGGGUGCAAUUAUUUUCGGAGAAUUUCAGUUUUUGUAUAAAGUAAAAAGCAGUUGAAAAGCCAUACAACUUAAGCGUUUAAGUGGUGAAUAUACAGUAAACAGUCUAGCAAAUUAAGUAUUGUAAUAGGCAGCAGUAAGAAAAAUGAGUAUUAAAAUUGGUAAAAAACGAAAGAACUUAGUAUAAACUGAAUGUUUUUGUAUAAUUGCAGGUUAAGCAGGAAAUUAACAGAUAUUUGGUGCAGAACAAAUAAAAAAACAUUAUUUAAAGAAGAAAAUUUAAAAAAAGGAAUAUUAAAGAAAAAUUUAUUUAAAAAAAAAAAAAACAGAUUAUAAAAAAAAAAUAUUUAAAAAAAAAGCAUUAUUAAAAACAAGAUUAUUGAAAAAUAAUUAUUAAAAAAUAAUUAUUUAAAAAAAAUUAUUUAAAAAAAUGUUGAUAUACAGACAUUGUGUAGUGAAAUUUUGUUGUUUUUGCUAGCAAUGUACAUUUUUUGUAACUUUUUAGAAAUUAUUUGCUAUGCUAAGACAUAAUUUUUCACAAAACUAUUUUUUUUAAUUAAAACUGUUAAAAUAAUUUUUGAAUGCUUUCCCAAAUAAAAAAAAAAAUAUAAUAAUAAUUUUUUUGUAAACUUUCCAACAUUUUUUUUGUAAUUUUUUAGCAACUAUUUACUAUGCUGAAACUUAUUUUUUCACAAAACUAUUUUUUUAAUUAAUGCUAUUAAAAUAAUUUUUGCUUGCUUUCCUAAAUUAAAAAAAAAAAUUUCAACUUUCCAACAUUUUUUUUGUAAUUUUUUAGCAAUUAUUUACUAUGCUGAAACUUAUUCUUUCACAAAACUACUUUUUUCCGAAUUAAAACUGUUAAAAUAAUUUUCGAAUGAUUUCCCAAAUUAAAAAAAAAAUAUUUUUUUGUAAUCUUUCCAAUUUUACACAAGUUAUUACUAUUUGCUUUGUUUAACGGACCUACGAACCGUGCUAAACUGUACGAUAAUAUACUUUUACAAAAUUUUAUUCAAUUUCAGAACGCUUCCACGCCAAUAGUUUUUCUCGAAAAUUUUUAAAAUUCUUGCUAUACAUAUAUAUUAUAAUUUUUUUUUUAUUUCAGAGCGCUUCCACUACAGUAGUUAUUUCAGAAAAUUUUCAAAACUAUUGCUGUGCAUAUUAAAAAAAAAUGUUUUAAUUUCAAAACCCUUCUACACUAGUUAGUUCUGAAAAACUUUGAAAAAUUCUGAAAAUUUUUAAAAUUAUUGCUGUAUUUCUAUUAAACCUUACGCCCAAAUCAAAGUUAGCGCAUUCUAAGAAAUAAUACUGAACAUUACUCACAUGACAUGCACGCAGUGGCUUCAAAACUGUUAGACUCAAUUUCCAUUGCUGAUUCGCCAAACUUUUGUACUCCUUGCCAAAUACUCACAAAAAACUGCAAAACAAAAAGAGAAUAUAAAAAAUUGUGAUAUACCGACAUUUUAACAGCUAAAAUAUUUUUUUGUUUUUUAAACUUGCAUACAUACAUAAUGUAUGUUUUCUGUAUAUCUGUUUGCAGUUGAAAAAACCCAGCAAUUAUUGGCACACAUUAAUUUGUUUACUGAAACACACUUUAAAAUUUGUCUUAAACUGUUUUGCAGUAAACAUGAAACGUUAAUAUAAAUAUAUAUAUAUAUAUAUUUAUAUAAAUAUAUAUACAUAAUUAAAAGUUAAUAGUUUAAACGCUGACAAAUGCCAUUUAUAUUUUAAUUACAUUUACUUGUAACAUUUUGUAAUUAUAAAAAUAUUUUUAUUUUUUUGUAUGUUUGUUUGUAUAUGCGUUUUCAAGUGUAUUGCUUAAUUAUGCAUAAUUUUUUAAUUUUAUAUUAUGCAUUUAAUUUUUUAUAACGCAUAAAUUGUGUUUAAAAUUGUAAAUUAUUUAUUUAAAUACACUUGAAAACUUGUAGUUUUAAAUAGUGUAUAAAUGUUUGCUUUAAAUUUUAUAUUAUAUUAUACCAUAUUAAUAAAUAUUUUAAAAAUAAAAUUACAGUAAAUGCAUGGUUUCCUCUUUUCUUUAUAUUGAGUUUUCUUAUUUUAAAUUUUUGGAAUUUUUUUUAUACCAUAAAACAAAUUUUUGACCAUUAGAAAUCAAAUGUAUGCAAUAUUUUUUAUUAAAUUCAAAGCGCCACCUUUUCUAAAAGCUUACCAUACGACCAAAAAGCCGCUACUUUAAUAAAACUCGCUAUGGCGGUCGUGUGUCAUCGCUUUAAGCAAGCUUUCAGUUUAACAAAGCAUUUUUUACUUACUACAAAAUCGUAUUCAACUUAUUUCAGUGAUUUCUAGUGAAAGCGAAAGCUUAGACGCUUUUACAUAUAUUAAUAUUGAAGGAAAACACAAAAACGCGUAUAAUACUUUUGAAACAAAAUCAUCAAAUUACUACAGUAUUUUAAAAAAGUGAAAGCUUCAAAACUUAAAAGCUUAGAUUUUUUAAGUUGUAUGAAAGCACAAAAGCUCUCAUACCACUUUUGAAACACAAUCAUUUUCAACUUACUACAAUGAUUAAAAAAAGUGAAAGCUCAAAAGCUUCCAAGCUUAGAUUUUUCGAGUUGUCCGGAAGGAAGCACAAAAGCUCGCUGAACUCUUUUCUAGUAAAAUCCUUUUCCAUUUAAUUCAGUGAUUUCCAGUGAAUGUGAAAGCUCACAGGCUUACAUUUUUGAAUUUGAAUAAAAGCACAAAAGCUUGCAUAUUACCUUUCAAUUAAAAUCAUUUCAACUUACUGCAACGACUUUCAAAGAAAAUGAAAACUCACAAGCAUACAAGCUUAGAUUUUUCAUGUUGCAUGAAAGCAGAAAAGCUUGCAUAACUCUUUUCAAGCAAAAUAUUUUUCCACUUCAAUGAUUUCAAGUGAAUGUGAAAGCUCAGGGGCUUACAUUUUUUAAGUUUCAAAAAGCACGAAAAUUCUAUUAAUACCUUUCAAUCAAAAGCUCAUAAGCUUACAUUUUUGAAGUUGAAAGCACAAAAGCUCGCAUAUUACUUUUUACUCAAAACCAUUUUCUACUUACUGCAGUGAUUUUCAAAGAAAAUGAAAGCUCACAAGCUUACACACAUUUUUGAAGUUGUACGAAAGCACAAAAGCUUGCCUAAUACUUUUCAAGCAAGUUUCUUUUUUUAAUUUAAACCCUGUAUACGCAAUAAAAAAACUAACUACUCAACAAAUUAAAAAUUAUUCUCACAACUAACGAACUACAUACAAUAUUUACCGAUAUUCUCAACGAUCUAUGUAUAUUUACGUAUAUGAUUAACGAAUUUUAAUUAUUCUCAAUUAUAUGUUUAUGAUGUGUAUAAUGAUUGCGAUAUUUAAAUUUGUAUUAAUGCUAUUAUUAUUAUUAGAUGACAUGAUUAUUGACUAUUGAUUAACCGCAUCUCUAGUGUUAUCCAAUUAAGGAAUUAUUAGGUAUAGAUAUAGAGGAGAAUCAAAUUGAAGGAAAAACACAUACUUAGAUACAUACAUAUAACUAUAUGCAUACACUUAGGGUAUAAGUACACAGUGUAAAUAGCACAAAUAUCCCACUAAAUAACCUUAAUUACCGUUAGGUGCUAAGUGUUUAGGUUAAAUACAAAAAUCACAACAAUUUGCCAGUAUAAACGAAAAAGAUGUUAAGAAAAAAGAAAUGUACGUACAGACAUACAUAUAAAUAUAUAUAAACUUUGCAAAAUUGCUGUGUAAAAUACAUAGUAAAUGACUAAUGUGUUAGUAAUUUUAAUAAAAAAAAAAUGCAAGAAAAAUCAGCAGCAAAAUGAAAUGCAUAUUUUUUAAGAAAAGACAUGAACAAAAAUAGUAAGCACACACAAGUGUGGCGGUGUUGAGAGAAGUAAAAAGAAUUAAAAAAAUAAAAAUAAUAAUUUUUCCUUAACCCAAUGUGGCGACGCAGUGCAUUUUGGGUAUGCGAUAUCCACUAACGCAACUCGAUACGCUACAUUUGAGUUUAGCAAAGCAAAUGCCACAAGGUGUGUAAUGUAAAUUAAAAGCAAGAACUUGUAGAAUAAUUUAUAUUAAAUAUGAGAAAGUUAGUUAUGUAAGCAAAAAUUAUACUGUAAAAAUUGCAAUAAUUUGAAAAUAAAUUAGUUAUACAAAAUAAGCAAAUAUUAAAUUAAGCAACUGCGCAAAAGCAAAAAAUGCGAAAAAACAUACCAAAAUUAUGACUGAUACAAGGAAAUUUGAAAAAAGCAAGAAACACAAAAACGAAGCGUAAUAUUAAACCAAAUUGCAGCAAGGCAUGCAAUAAACAAGCAUGCUUAUAAAGAGAAAUGCACUUAAAAGAGGAGUAAUAAAAUGAAAACUAAAACACUUAAAAGCAUUGUGAGCAAAAUCCGAAAAAAACGCAAAAUUUUCUUUCACGCAGCCACAAAUAGGACGAAAAGUUUCAUGUGAAAAAUAGUAUUUGCCCCACAAUUGCAUUUGUUUUUGUAUUAGUAGAACAGCAGAUUUAUAUAUAUACUUUGUUUGUUUCAAAUUUUUGUUUUUCAUACGAAAUAAACUUAGUCGCUAAGUGGUGAAAUGCAGCAUAUAAAUAUGAAAAUAAAAUAAAAGGAAUAAAAGAAAAACAUUAGUUGAAGCAAUUUGCCGCAAAAGCAGAAUUAGCCAGAGAUAAAUGUGUACUUGUAACUGUAUUAAAUAUGAAAUAAAAAACUAUUAAUAAAAUAAAAAUGAAAAUUUAAACCAACAAA